CAAUGGCAUCAUCUAUGAAAGCUAUCCAAGUUAAGAGUGCAGGUGGUGUAGAGGUUUUGGAAUAUGUUACCACAGAGCGUCCUAAGAUUACUGGGCCGACUGAUGUGUUGAUUAAGAACCACUUCAUGGGAGUGAAUUUCAUCGAUAUAUAUCACAGAACUGGUAUUUAUAAACUUUCGCUUCCCGCGAUAAUUGGUCGAGAAGGUGCUGGCAUCGUAGAAUCAGUUGGUGAGGAUGUAAAGGACAUCCAGCCCGGAGAUCACGUAGCUUACCUUUGCCCAAGUUAUGCUGAAUUUACAAUUGCGUCAAAAUAUGUUGUUAAAUUACCAGAUGGUCUUGAUCUGAAGUUGGCUGCUGCUUCUGUUCUUCAGGGCUUAACGUCUUUGCUCUUGGUAACUCAAUCUUAUGAAGUGAAAAAAGGUGAUUGGAUUCUUAUCCAUGCGGCUGCAGGUGGUUGCGGUCUUCUUCUUGUGCAACUUGUGAAAAAUUGCGGUGCUCACGCCAUUGGUACGGUUUCUAAUGAUGAGAAGGCCAAAUUAGCACUUUCUGCUGGUGCAGAACAUAUAAUUAACUAUACUACUCAAAAUGUUGUUGAGGAAGUUAUGCGGAUUACUGAUAAUAAUGGUGUACAUGCUAUUUUUGAUGGUGUUGGCAAAGAUACUUUUGAAAUCUCUCUAGCUUGUGCUCGUCGUUUAGGAUCAUUGGUUUCAUUUGGAAAUGCGAGCGGCACAGUACCUCCAUUCAGCAUUUUAAGACUUUCAGAAAAAAAUUUAAAGUUGAUGAGACCUACAUUAUACAAUUAUCUUGCAACUAAAGAAGAGUUUAAAAAAUAUUCAACAGAGUUGUUUACAAUGAUUAAAGAAGGAAAGUUAAAUAUUAAAAUUUGGAAGACAUAUAAAUUAAGCGACGUAAAACAAGCCCAUUUGGAUUUGGAGGGAAGGAAAACAUCAGGAAAGUUGUUAUUGCAACCUUAG